AUGCCAGAAAGAGCCGGGAGGUGUCUUUGUGGGACUUGUUUAUCAGUGAAACCUACCCGCCGUCUCUCCCUUUUCCUCAGCUCCCUUGCGCGCUGCGCUGGGCCGGGGAAGCAGCAGCAGCCGCCUGAGCUCAGAGGCUGGGCGGCGGCAGGGAUCAUGGCUGCUCCUCAGCAGCACCAGCUCCUGCAGUACAGCGUGAAGCUGCUGUUGGUGAGCGAGGAGCAGCUGCGGGGGGGGCUGCAGCUUGCCAGCCCCAACCAGGGCGCGCUCCAGCUGGCGGUGCAGCCGGGCGAGGAGGAUGCAGACGUGACUGUGACAGACGCUGAUGGAGUCUGUGUGUUUAAAUGCUUGGUUAACAGAGACACUGAAUACUGUCGUGUGGGCAAAGAGUCUGUCCUAAUUACACUGGGGUACAACAGUGCCUUACUCCAAUUCAAGUCACAUUCUGAAUACAGCACAUUUUCAAAUGCACUGAAGAGGUGCUGGAAUCAGAAGAAGGAACACUCUGUUUUCAAUCAGCGAACAGAAGAGGCAUCUGCUGCUCAGUAUUUUCAGUUUUAUGGCUGUCUAUCUCAACAACAGAAUAUGAUGCAGGAUUUUGUGAGGACGGCCACAUAUCACAGAGCUAUCCUACAGAACCACAUAGAUUUUAAAGACAAGGUGGUCCUAGACGUUGGCUGUGGAUCAGGAAUCCUUUCGUUUUUUGCAGUGCAGGCUGGAGCUAGAAAAGUCUAUGCAGUUGAAGCCAGUUCAGUGGCAAAAUAUGCCGAGAUACUAGUGAGAAGUAACAACCUCUCUGAUAAGAUCAUGGUUUUAUCAGGUAAAAUUGAGGAAAUCUCUUUACCGGAGAACGUCGAUGUGGUUAUUUCUGAACCAAUGGGUUACAUGCUGUUCAAUGAGAGGAUGCUGGAAAGUUACCUCCAUUCCAAAAAAUGGUUGAAGUCAAAUGGAAUGAUGUUUCCAACAUUUAGUGACAUUCAUUUGGCUCCUUUUUCCGAUGAGCAGCUCUACAUGGAACACUACUCCAGAGCCAAUUUUUGGUACCAGCAGUGUUUUUAUGGGGUCAAUCUGUCCAGUCUCCGCAGUGCAGCGGUGGAUGAGUACUUCCGACAACCUAUCGUAGACACUUUCGACAUCAGAAUUUUGAUGGCUCGGACAGUGAAGUACACUGUUAACUUUACAGAAGCUGAAGAGGAAGAUUUGCAUAGAGUGGAAAUCCCCUUCGUUUUCCAGAUGAUGCAGUCCGGACUAAUCCAUGGCCUGGCUUUUUGGUUUGACGUGGCAUUUGUGGGAUCACUGGUAACUGUUUGGUUGUCAACUGCUCCGACGGAACCUUUAACUCACUGGUAUCAAGUACGCUGCCUCCUUCAGACUCCCCUCUUUGCCAAAGAAGGGGAAACUCUCUCAGGGAAAGUCCUGUUUGUAGCGAAUAAACGACAGAGUUACGACAUUCAGAUUGUGGCUGUGGUGGACCAGACAGGCUUUAAAUCUGGUAACAUCCUUGAUUUAAAGAAUCCAUUUUUUAGGUAA